AUGGCUGAAAGCUCCGGUAGCGCUUACGUCGCCGUGGUCGUCACCUUCCAGCUGUUCAGGACCUCGAUCACAGUCCGAGAGCAGCCGGACGUUCCCGAGAUCCUCAAGAUCCAGAUGAUCGACCUCAGCACCAAAAUCUCCCAGAGACCCGGAGCUCAGGCCAUCAGGGUGGAGGCGGCGCUGGAGCACUGGUUCGUGACGGGGUUGCAGCAGCAGGGGGGGGUGGUGCCCUCGCUCAUCGCCUCCGUGGGAGACUCCGCCUCCUCGCUGCUCAGCGUGGUGUUCGAGUUAAACCCCCAAGAGACCGCCGCAGACCAGCUGCUGAGGGUCAGCUCCCAGCCCGUCGAGAUCGUCUACGACGCGGUGACGGUGAACAGCGUGAUGGACUUCUUUAGGACCGGUAAGGGUGUAGACCUGGAGGUUCUAACGUCGGCCACGCUGUCCAAGCUGGAGGAGAUCAAAGAGAAGACCGCCACAGGACUGUCUCACGUCAUCGAGACCAGGAAGGUUCUGGACUUAAGGAUCCACCUGAAGCCGUCCUACCUGCUGCUGCCGAAGUCCGGUUUCUAUAGCGACACGUCGGACCUCGUCAUCGUGGACUUCGGCAGCUUACAGCUGAACAGCGUGGAACAGAGCAGUGUCGGUUCCGCGGCCUCGUUCUCGUCUCUGGAGGAGAUCAUGGACCGAGCGUACGAACGUUACACCGUCGAGCUCCGAAGAGUCCAGCUGCUCUACAGCAAGUCAGGUGAGUCGUGGCGAGCCGCUCGGCUUCAGGCGUCGUCGGUGCAACACAUCCUCCAACCGAUGGACUUCACCGUCCAGCUCGCUAAGUGUAUGGUGGAGAAGGACGCCCGCAUGCCCAGGUUUAAGGUCUCAGGUGAGCUGCCGCUGCUUCAUGUGAAGAUCUCAGACCAGAAGAUCCAGAACAUGGUGGAGCUGGUGGACAGCAUCCCGCUGCCGCUCAUAGGCUCCGCCCCCUCCACCCCCACCGAGAAGGUUCCAUCGUUGGUGGAGAUGAGACCCAAAGUCCUCAGCCUCCCCCCCGCUCUGCUGGACGCCAUGGAAACAGACUCAGACGAAGACGCCAGCGAGAAGUCUGAAGACCCGCAGCGCUCGGCUCCGGAGGAACUCACAGACCUGCACUUCAAGUUUGAAGUCAAAGAGGUUCUGCUGGAGCUGACCCGGCAGGCGGACCAGGAGAAGACGGUUCUGUCCUUCAGCGUCUGUCAGCUCGGAACCGAAGGGAACAAACGGAGCUUCGACCUGAACGUCGCCUCGUACCUGCACACGGUCCGCCUGGACUACUGCGACGUUCCAGACGGAAAGACCCUCCAGCUGAUCAGAUCCUCAGACCAGCACAGAUCCAGUCUGCUGAAGGUGGACUACAUCAAGGCGGACCCUGGAGGACCCGGUUUCCAGACGCUGUUCAACAACACGGAGCAAACCCUGAAGGUGGAGUUCUCCUCUCUCGACUUCCUUCUUCAUACUAAAGCUCUUCUGUCGACCAUCAACUACCUGAACAGCAUCGUUCCGCCGCAGCUCAGCGCCGCUCGAGAACCGGACUCCAAGCGGCAGGUGGAGAAGGCGGGGCAAAGCAGGACAGCAUCUAAAGACGCUGCGGACGGCGGCGUGUUCAGCUUCAAGCUGUUCGCCGUGUUGGGCUGUUUCCACGUGGAGGUGUGUGACGACCGCCGCAGCAUCGCUGACAUCAGAGUCACAGGGAUCGAUGCCUCGGUGACGGUCCAGGUGAAGCAGACCGAGGUCUUCGCUCGGCUCAGAGACAUCGUGGUCACCGAUGUGAACCCCAAAACCAUCCACAAGAAGGCGGUGUCCAUCGUGGGUGAAGAAGUCUUCAGCUUCAGACUGUCUCUGUUGCCGGGGGCGACGGUCGGAGACGGGUACGGCGACACAUCGAAGGUCGACGGGAAAGUCACGAUGAGACUGGGCUGCAUCCGGAUCAUCUACCUGCACCAGUUCCUGAUGUCCCUGCUGAUGUUUGCUGAUAACUUCCAGACGGCUAAAGAAGCUCUGAGCGCCGCUACGGCUCAGGCUGCAGAGAAAGCCGCGUCCAGCGUCCGAGACUUUGCUCAGAAGAGUUUCCGUCUGUCGCUGGACAUCAACCUGAAGGCGCCGCUCAUCGUGGUCCCGCAGUCCUCCACCUCCCAGAACGCCGUGGUGGUGGAUCUGGGUCUGAUCACGGUGGGGAACAGCUUCUCUCUACUUCCUGUUGAAGGCUUCUCUCUGCCGGCCGUCGUAGAGAAGAUGGAGAUGAAGCUGACGCAGCUCAAACUGUCCAGGACUACGCUGAGAGACUCUUCGCAGCCCGACAUCGAGAUCCUUCAGCCAAUCAACUUGGAGCUGCUCGUCACCAGAAACCUGGCGGCUUCCUGGUUCACCAAGAUCCCUGCGGUCCAGGUCCAGGGAGUCCUGCGGUCCCUGCAGAUGAGUCUGGGUGAGGAAGACCUGGCGGUUCUGAUGAAGAUCCUGGUGGAGAACAUCGGGGAGGGGACCAAAGAGCACAGCAUGGACCUCCGCCGGCAGGCAGCCCAAGACCGCCAGCAGCAGGAAGCUUCGGUACAUUUGGGAUCUGAAGUCUCGUCGACUUCGAACGGAGACGAGAACGAAAACCUCAUCAACGUCCUUCUGAACUUUGAAAUCCAAGAGGUGAUCCUGACCCUGAAGAAGGCGGGACCUUUCCUCGACCUCCACGUGUCUCAUUUAGGAAUCGACACCAAGGUCAGGAAGUACGACAUGUGCUCCACCGCCUACAUCCGCCAGAUCAGCAUGAAGAGCCUGGAGUUCAAAGACUCGAGUGGAGAGCCGCUGUGUCUCAUCAGCUCUUUGGUGGAAUCUGGAGCCGAGCUGCUCAAAGUGCAGUACUGCAAGGCCGACCGAACGGGACCAAACUUCUCCUCCAUCUACAAGAACACGGAGCAGAUGAUCAACGUGACCUUCUCGUCUCUGGACUUCCUGCUCCACACGGAGGCUCUGCUGUCAGCCAUCAACUUCCUGUCGGCAGCGCUGUCGCCCGGCGGCGUUUCCUCUCCAGAGGAGGAAGUCAGGCUGAAGCCGGACGGCAGCAAGGCGGCGUCGGCCAGAUCCGCCGCCCCGGCGUCCCCCGCAGACAGCGAGGUCAUCGACUUCAAGGUGAUGAUGACGCUGGGAGCCUUCAACGUGCUGGUGUGCGACCAGAGCUGCAACAUGGCCGACAUCAAGAUCCAAGGUAUUAACGGCUCUCUGCUGAUGCAAGGAGCGCAGACGCAUCUGUCCGCCCGACUCAGAGACUUCCUGGUUCUCAACGUCGAUCCCAAAAGCAUCCACAAGAAGGCCGUCUCCAUCGUGGGCGACGAGGUCUUCAGCUUCUCCGUGAGUUUGACUCCCAACGCCACCGAGGGCGCCGGGUACGCCGACACCUCCAGAACCGACGGCAGGGUGAAGCUGAACGUGGGCUGCAUCCAGGUGGUCUACCUGCACAAGUUUGUGAUGUCUCUGCUGAUGUUUGCUGAUAACUUCCAGACGGCUAAAGAAGCUCUGAGCGCCGCUACGGCUCAGGCUGCAGAGAAAGCCGCGUCCAGCGUCCGAGACUUUGCUCAGAAGAGUUUCCGUCUGUCGCUGGACAUCAACCUGAAGGCGCCGCUCAUCGUGGUCCCGCAGUCCUCCACCUCCCAGAACGCCGUGGUGGUGGAUCUGGGUCUGAUCACGGUGGGGAACAGCUUCUCUCUACUUCCUGUUGAAGGGUUCUCUCUGCCGGCCGUCAUCGACAACAUGGACGUCCAGCUGACCCAGCUCAAACUCUCCAGGACUUGUAUGGACCCGGCUUUGGGUCGAACCAGCAACGAGCUGCUGGAACCGGUGAACCUGCACCUGAGCAUCAACAGGAACCUGGCGGCGUCCUGGUUCAAGGAGAUGGCUGCCGUGGAGAUCGAUGGUGAUCUGAAGCCCAUGAAGGUGUCGCUGAGCCAGGACGACCUGAAGGUGCUGCUGAGGAUCCUGACGGAGAACCUGGGAGAGGCAGCCAGCCUGGAGCCCAAACCCCCGAAACCAGAGAGCAACUUGCAGCUUCGAGCAUCCAAGACAGAUGAAGUUGGGAAGCCGAGUGUAACCAGCGAUGAAGAGGAGGUCGAAGCUCUGGAGACCCUGAAGUUUAACUUCAACAUUGAGUCUCUGGGACUGGUUCUGUUCAGGGAUGACCCCCAACAGCCGUCCGGCCUCCAGCACCAGGAGAGCCUCCGCCUGGGCGAGCUGGCCUUUCACCUCCUGAAGACUUCAGGGAAGAUCCUGACCAACGGUAGCCUGGAGGUGAACACGGUCCUGACGGCCUGCACGCUGGACGACCUGAGGACCGGCAUGGAUAGGGUGACCUCACGGAUGGUCGGCCGGAGAGAUGAGCAGAGUUCGGAGGCGAUGAUUGAUGUGACGUACCGGCAGAGCGACAGCGAGAGGGAGGUGGUGGCUGUGCUGCAGAAACUCUACAUGUGUGCCAGCGUGGAGUUCCUCAUGGCCGUUGCAGAUUUCUUCCUUCAGGCUCUGCCGCAGAGUCCGACUCCGACUGCUGCGCCGGCCGACAGACUUCCGCUGAAACUCACGACUGACCCGCGAAGUGACACCAAGACCGCCUGCUCGGUGAAGACUUGUGUGCGGGCGGUGGUGGUGGACCCGGAGGUGGUGUUUGUGGCCAGCCUGAUGAAGGCCGACGCCCCCGCCCUGGUGGUGUCCUUCCAGUGUGGCUUCACCCUGCAGACUGAAGACAACGGAGCCCAGAUCAUGAGGGCCAACCUGCGGGAGCUCAAAGUCCUGGCCUGCCCCUUCAUCCGCAGCCAGCAGGACACAGCAGUCACCACGGUGCUGAGGCCCUGCUCUGUUGUCUUGGAAACCAAAGCCCAGCCCAACCAACCGCUGAAGGGCUCUGUGAUGGUGGAGGAAGUCGUCGUUAAGAUCUCUCCGUUCAUCCUCAACACGCUGAUGACGAUCACCGCUGCCAUGACGACCAAGCAACCGGACCCGCAGAGCCGGGACCUGAAGCCCGAGGUCAGCGACCUCUGGUCCGUCAUGAACGUCUACGCCGGUAACUACUGGUUCCUGGGAGUGGACCAGGCCACCGAGCUCACCGAGAGCUUCAGAGACCAGGACGGGCGCAACGAGGGCGAGACCUUCGCUGCUGAGGUCAAGGUGGUCCAGGUGACGCUGGAGUCGGGUUUGGGUCAUCGGACGAUGCCCCUGCUGCUGGCCGAGUCCUCCUUCAACGGAUCCGCCAAGAACUGGUCCUCUCUGCUGCAGAUGAGGGCCGAAAUGACGCUGGAGGUGAACUACUUUAACGAGGUCCAUGCCGUGUGGGAGCCUCUGAUCGAGCGAGUGGACGACGGCAGACGCAGGUGGCACCUGGAGCUGGAGAUGAAGAACAACCCGGUCCAGGACAAGAGUCCGGUGCACGGAGACGACUUUGUGAUUCUUCCUGAACCUCGGACCGCCGUCAACAUCUGCUCCAAGGACACCAUGAACAUCACCGUGUCUCAGUGCAGCCUCAACGUCUUCCAGAACCUCGCCAAGGCGUUAUCCGAGGGCACAACCUCCACCUUCGACUCCUCUCUGAAGGAGAAAGCUCCCUUCACCAUCCGAAACGCUCUGGGGAUCCCCCUCAUCGUGCAGCACAGCGCCAACCUGAGGCCGGUGGGCUUACCGGUGCAGGGAAAGUUCCACGAGCUGUCCGUGGACCAGACCAUGGACCUGGAACAGGCCAUGUCUGAGCCGCUGACCCGAGGGAAACUGUCGGCCCUGCAGCGGCAAGAAAGCUGCCUGUUCAACCUGAGCAUCGUGCCGUCUGGAUUCAGCGAGAUCUCCAACAUCGCUGUGGAUAAGCCGGGCCGUCGCCUCUACACCGUCCGCGGCCCCAACCUGCAGGAGGCCGUCGCUGUGCUGGUGCAGAUCGACGCCACGGAGGGCAACAAGGUCAUCACGGUCCGCUCGCCGCUGCAGAUAAAGAAUCACUUCUCUGUACCUUUCACCAUCCUGAAGUACUGUCCAACGUCCAGAAGCCUGCAGACAGUCGGACAGGCCGAACCCGAGACUGAGUUUCAUAUCGCCUUGGAAACAUACAGGUACCAGCUGUUUGUGAGUCCGGCGGGCUCUCUGCACGGUCAGUACGGGCCGUCCUCCACCUGCGUGGCUUGGAAGGAGCAGGUGCACCGCAGCUCGGAGGUGCGCUCGGUGCUGCAGUGCCCGGCGGCCGACAGCGGUCUGCUGCCGCUGAUGGUCAGCACGCUGGCCGUCCCCGACGACCUGCAGCACAUCGACAACCACGGGGAGGAGGACUGGGACCCCGCCUACAUCAUACACCUGCACCCGGUGGCCACGCUGCGCAACCUGCUGCCCUACACCGUCCGCUACAUGCUUGAGAACUCUGCAGACUCGUACGAGCUUCAGGAAGGCGGCACGUCGGACCUCCUGAACGCUCGCCUGUCGGGUGAGAUCAUGUCGUUGGUGCUGAUGAGGUAUCAGGGUCGCGACUGGCACGGACACGUUCGUAUCGAACAGGAAAUGUCAGAGUUCUUGGCCGUGUGUCUGACCUGCGACACUGACACCAGCAUGACAGUGGAUGUGAGCGUGCACGUGUUGAGGACCGCGAACCGUCUGCUGCUGUCCCUCUUCAGCCCGUACUGGAUCAUCAACAAGACGUCCCGCGUGCUGCAGUACAAGUCCGAGGACGUCAGCGUCAAACACCCGGCCGACUACCGAGACAUCAUCCUGUUCUCCUUCAGGAAGAAGAACCUGUUCAGCAAGAGCAAGCUCCAGCUGUGCAUCUCCACCAGCUCCUGGUCUGACGGCUUCUCUCUGGACACGGUGGGAAGCUACGGCUGCGUUCGCUGUCCCGCCAACAACAUGGACUUCCUGGUGGGGGUGAGCAUCCAGAUGAGCAGCUUUAAUCUGACCCGCAUCGUCACCAUGAGUCCGUUCUUCACGCUGGUCAACAAGUCCUCGUACGAGCUGGAGGUGGGCGAGGUCAGCCAGACCUCCACCAGGUGGCACUACGUCACCUCCACAGAGUGCCUCCCGCUGUGGCCCGAGGACCCGACGGGGAAGCUGUGUGUCCGAGUGGUCGGGUCCGAAUCCAGCACCAGAUUCUUCUUCUUCAACCAGCAGGACAACGGCACCCUGCUGAGCCUCGACACGUACGGGGGGAUCAUCGUGGACGUUAACAUCUCCGAUCACUCCACCGUCAUCAGCUUCAUUGAUUAUUAUGAAGGAGCAGCUCCGGCUCUGCUGCUCAACCACACACCCUGGGCCACCGUCAGCUACCGGCAGAGCGGUUCUGAGGUUCUCCACCAGCUGGGACCCGGCGAGGCUCGGCGGUUUGCGUGGGACGAUCCUGCAGGCGUGCGGACGCUCAGCUGGAGCUGCCUGGACCACCGCGGAGAUCUGGACCUGCUGAAGGAUGAGGCGGGGCAGUUCUCCGGGGACAGCCUGGCUCAGGUACACUGGGUUUCCUUCCUGGACGGACGGCAGCGCGUGCUGCUGUUCACGGAGGACGUCGCCGUGGUAACGAAGGCGCGGCAGGCCGAGGAGCUAGAACAGUUCCAGCAGGAAGUGAAGGUGUCGCUGCAGAACCUCGGCCUCUCAUUGGUCAACAACUCCAACCGGCAGGAAGUCGCUUACAUAGGGAUCACCAGCUCAGGUGUGGUGUGGGAGAUGAAGCCGAGGAACCGCUGGAAGCCGUUCAGUCAGAAGAACAUCAUCCUGCUGGAGAGAACGUUCCAGAAGCAGCAGAGCGGGAAGACGGAGGCCGGCUGGGUCCGGCUGGAGACCAACGUAGAGGUGAACCUGAGCGCGGCCGUCAUGAUGAUGCGGCAGCCGUACACCUGUCCCGUCCGGAGGAACUUCCUGUCUGGCAUCCAGGUGGAGUUCAAGCAGUCGCUGCACCAACGCAGCCUCAGAGCCCAGCUGUACUGGCUGCAGGUGGAUAACCAGCUUCCAGGUGCGAUGUUCCCCAUCGUCUUCCAUCCGGUUCCUCCUCCAAAAUCCAUCGCUCUGGACUCAGAACCGAAGCCGUUCAUCGAUGUUUCCGUCAUCACCAGGUUCAACGAGCACAGCAGCGUCAUGCAGUUCAAGUACUUCAUGGCGCUGGUUCAGGAGAUGGCGUUGAAGAUUGAUCAGGGUUUCCUGGCGGCCAUCUUGGCCGUGGUCACACCUGCUGCAGACGGUCAGACUGACAAAAAGGCCCAGCUGCUGGACGGGGAUCUGCAGCUGCUUCAGUCGGAGUUGAUGGAAACGUCUCUGAGCGACACGUCAGGACUCAGCUUCUUCCAGCACUUCCACAUCUCACCCGUCAAGCUGCACCUCAGCCUGUCUCUGGGUGGAGAUCUGGACCAGGACGCCGCGGUCAUCCAGUCUCUGAACCUGCUGCUGAAAAGUCUCGGAGCGACGCUGACGGACGUCGAUGACCUCAUCUUCAAACUGGCCUUCUUCGAGGUGAAGUACCAGUUCUACCGCCGAGAGAAGCUCAUGUGGGCCGUGCUGCGACACUACAGUGAACAGUUCUUGAAGCAGAUGUACGUUCUGGUUCUGGGUCUGGAUGUUCUGGGGAACCCGUUUGGACUGAUCCGAGGUCUGUCUGAAGGAGUGGAGGCCUUCUUCUACGAGCCCUUCCAGGGUGCGGUUCAGGGUCCAGAAGAGUUCGCUGAAGGUUUUGUGAUCGGGGUCCGGAGUCUGCUGAGUCACACUGUCGGUGGAGCUGCAGGUGUGGUGUCCCGGAUCACGGGCUCGGUGGGGAAGGGUCUGGCAGCGAUCACCAUGGAUAAAGAGUUCCAGCAGAAGAGACGAGAGGAGAUGAACCGAACGCCCCGAGACUUUGGAGAGAGUCUGGCUAAAGGCGGGAAAGGUCUGCUGAAGGGUGUCGUCGGGGGCGUUACCGGCAUCGUCACCAAACCUGUGGAGGGUGCGAAGAAGGAGGGUGCGGCCGGCUUCUUUAAAGGCAUCGGGAAGGGUCUGGUGGGCGUGGUCGCCCGGCCGACGGGCGGCAUCGUGGACAUGGCGAGCAGCACCUUCCAGGGGAUCCAGAGAGCGGCCGAGUCCACGGAGGAAGUGACCAAGCUGCGUCCCGUGCGGCUGAUUAGAGAGGACGGUGUCAUCCGGCCGUAUGACCGAACGGAGUCGGAGGGUUUCGAGCUCUUCCAGCGUUCAGACAUCCGGCAGCUGGAAGGGGAAGUGUUCAGAGAUCACCUGCUGUUCCCCGGCCAGAGGAAGACCAACAUCAUCAUCACCAACAGGAGGGUUUUCUGCAUGAAGGAAAUCGACUUCGUCGGUCAUUUCAACAAAGAGUGGGAAUGUUUGUUUGAGAACUUUUAUCGUCCUCCAGCCGUGGCAGGAAGUGAGCUGAAGAUCUACUGCAAGGAACAGCAGAAGUUGAUGCUUCCUAAGAGAGAUGGUCAUGAGUCUGUGCGGACCGUCCAGCUGAGAGACACACACACUGCUCAGAAGCUGCAUGGAGUCAUCUCGGAGGCCCAGGUGCAGCAGCAGCAGCGCCGCCUGGUGAAGCAGAAGUCGCAGCGCUUCCUGAAACCCUAAGACCACCGUUUCCAUGGUUACCGUCACAUAUAUCCACUGUUUCCAUGGUUACAGUCACAUAUAUCCACUGUUUCCAUGGUUACAGUCACAUAUAUCCAUUGUUUCCAUGGUUACAGUCACAUAUAUCCAUUGUUUCCAUGGUUACCGUCACAUAUAUCCACUGUUUCCAUGGUUACAGUCACAUAUAUCCAUUGUUUCCAUGGUUACCGUCACAUAUAUAUAAAAAACCUUUAUUUACAGUUUUUCAGUUUAGAGUUUCUCUUCGCUUCUUUAUUCUUAUUGGAUGAAUUCAGAUCUGAUCCGUCCAAUCAGCUGACAGCAGAGCUGAGUCAUGUGAUCACUUUGAUAUAUUACUAUCUAUAGAAAUAAAUAUUAAUGUCUGAAUGUUUGAAUAUGUUUGAAUACGUGCUGGAAGAUGAAGCCAUAAUAAGUUUAUAAUGAAGAAAUAUUUGUUUAAGUUUUGUCUGAUUUUCUGGAAAUGAAUAAAUAAAGAUUUACUGACGUUGUGUUUGCUUUAAUAUCUGAUGAUGAUGAUGAUGAUGAUGAUGAUGAUCAGGAUUAGGGCUCAGCUUGCUGUAAUGACCUACAGGUAUGACUUGUAAUAAAAGAUGAAUAAAU